UGAGAGCAAAGCAGGGCACAGCUUCUCUGUAAUGACUGGUCAUCACGGUUGGGGAUAUGGGCAGGAAGACGGACCCGCUGAGUGGUACAAAUCUUAUCCUAUUGCCCAAGGGAACCGUCAAUCACCUAUUGAUAUAGUUUCUGCAAAAGCAGUUUAUGACCCUAGUCUGAAGCCGCUUAUUAUCUCCUAUGAAUCAUGUACAUCUCUCAACAUCUCCAACAAUGGCCAUUCAGUUAUGGUUGAGUUUGAAGACACCGAUGACAAGACAGCAAUCAGUGGUGGUCCCUUUGAGAAUCCCUUUCGGCUAAAGCAGUUUCACUUUCACUGGGGGACAAAGCACAGUCAGGGAUCGGAGCACACAAUUGACGGCAAACCUUUUCCCUCAGAGCUCCACUUAGUUCACUGGAAUGCCAGAAAAUAUGCAACAUUUGGAGAAGCAGCAGCCGCCCCAGAUGGCUUGGCAGUAGUUGGUGUUUUCUUGGAGAUUGGGAAAGAACACGCCAAUAUGAACAGACUCACUGAUGCUUUUUACAUGGUAAAAUUUAAAGGGACAAAAGCUCAAUUUAGAAGCUUCAACCCCAAAUGUCUCCUGCCUUUGAGUCUAGAUUAUUGGACAUAUCCUGGUUCCUUGACAACACCGCCUCUUAAUGAGAGUGUAACAUGGAUAGUGCUGAAAGAACCCAUCAGGAUUUCUGAGAAACAGCUGGAGAAAUUCCGAACUCUUCUCUUCACCAGUGAGGAAGACCAGAGGAUCCAAAUGGUGAAUAAUUUUCGCCCCCCUCAGCCUCUUAGGGGGAGAGUAGUUCGAGCUUCCUUCAAGGCCUGAUGAAGAAAACUGAUAAUGGCCCUGAAAUAUCCAAGAGCUUCCACAUCUGAGACCAGAAACAAACUCUGGUCUUCAGAUCUCCCCCUCAUGGAGCACACAAGAUAGCCGUUUCUGUGAACACUUUGUACUUGGAGGAGAAAUCAUCUCCUGAUUUUUAUAUUUUACUUGAAUCAGACUCACUCUUUUGAAAACAUAAUAAUGAGAUCUUUUUAACUAAAACUCUUUUUAAAUGGAAGGGAUAGCUGAGUAAUCUGGAGUGCUCUCCAGGACCCGGAACUAAAAUAUU